UGGCCACCCCCAGCCCUGCCCCUCGCUAUGGGGGUGCGGGGGGCAGCCAAAGAGCCCCCGUUCAGCACUCGAGAGCAGCAGCAGCAGCAUGGAUCGCGCGGCGUGGCUCUGUGCUGUCCUCACCGCGGCUGGACUGGUGAUCCUCGGCACAGGUCCCUGCGAGGUGAAGAGCGCCUCUGUGUCGCCCGGACGUCAAGCCGACGCCGCCGCCCCGUCUGCACGCGGAGUGUUCGUGCGAGGGGACCAGGCCGCGGGGUUCCUGCACAAGGCCGGCAGGGCCAGACGCUCACCACAGUCACGCGCCGAGCAGCUCAUGGAGUCGCGCGUGACGCUCGCCGCGGACCGCAGGCGCAGCGAGCACCGCGAGGAGCAGCUCACUCGCUGGGAGAACUGGGUCGAGGAGGAGAAGACAGAGUCCUACGAACGCCACCGUGAGUCUCGCGAGCAGUGGCGUGAGUGGCACUACGACGGGGUCUACCCGCCCUACCAGUAACACCAAGACGUUGCCCUACUCGGAGGCAGUGCAGCAAGCGGGACCCCAUCUGGUACCACCUCCAACGAAGACGGGUAGUGGUGGCCAGGAGAGAUGUGGCAUGUUAGAAUGUCAAGCCCAUCGUCAUCGCCAUCAUUAACUCUCGCUGCCGUGUCUGUCUGCUGGCCGAGUCACCGUUAAAAAAAAGAGCUGUAAAGCUCAAAGGGUUAUUUACGCAGAUACUAAACUUCUGAUAAUGAUUCUGAUCAUCAGCCAUGGUCUAUCCACUCCCGGAUGAAAGAUUGCCCAAGCUGUUGCCAUUUCUUUGAUCAGUGCUGUGAUGCGGCAAUCCGUUUAGCAUUCGAACACAAGCCAGGAUGACAACAUUCGAACACAAGCCAACUCCACUGCUCCACCUCGGUGGUGGAAGUCCUCUCGGAUGCAUUCCCUCGUCUGGCUGCCACCCCAUCGUUGGUCUUGACCACCAUUAUCUACCCGUGUCGCGAUUUGCCCUCUCCAAGACCACUUACAAUUCUUAACAGUCAAUACGAAGUUAGCCCAAACGUGCUCCGUAUCCUGUGUCAACAAUGGAACCGGCGAUCAUGAAGGUCGUAGAGAGGCCUUAGAGGACAUGCGUAAAAAGGUUAUUUUGGCUAACUAUAGGCUUACCACGAAACCAGCUGGCAUUAAGAUGUUACCCUUGCUCAAAGCAGGAUGAUGUUACCAUUCACCUGUUACGCUUGCUUACCCAGGAAAGUCACACCGAGGUCUCACGACUAUUGCUUUCAGGAGGGCCCUGCCAGGUUUUGGCAGUAGGGAGGGGGGGGUGAUGCCACUCGUCAUCCCAAUUGAGUACUGCAAUUUGCGGAUAAUUAUUCAAAUUUGGACCGUGACACUGGCACGCAACGGCCAACUCUUUCGAAUGACGUCACGGGAUCUUUAACGUCCACUGUCAGGCACACGCAGCGUGACACCCGCAGUAUUAAUCAGCGUGACCGCUGGAUUCACUUUUCUCAAAUAAUUCCCCCAGUGGGUAAUCAAACGAAAUCGAUUGCAUGUAUAGAGUAUAUUCAUCAUAUUUGUGGAGAACUAUAUGUAAUAUAAAGCCAGCAUUGGCAUGAUCAAGUAAUUGCAGGGCUGCACCUUUAUAUAUUAAAUAGAAGUUAUGGGGACAUUGAAUUCAUGACUGCAUGGAGCAUCGUGUCAUGGUUUAAAACACAUCUGAAAUGUUGAUGCAUUUUAUAUAUUAUAUUAAGUAAACAGCUUUUGUGUACGUUGUACUAUCAUAUGCAAUACGAUAUAUAUGAAACUUGCUCAUUUAUGCAGUGUUAUAAACUCAUAUGCAAUAAAAUCAUAGUUGUUUUGAUUCUUUAAA